AAGGGGGUCGUGACUGUCGCGACCCAGCAGGGGCGAGGCCCCGCCCGGCCGGAGCGGCUCCCAGCCCGCGGCGGCAGCGGUGUGCCCGGGGCCGAGCGGGGCCGGCGCUCUCCGCCAUGGCGGGGGCGGGCGCGGAGGGCGCGGCGGGAGCGAGCCCGGGCAGCCGCCGGUCCCGCCCGGAGGGGCUUUGCUGCGGCCGGGGUUCCCAUGGCGACCCCGCGUCCUCUGACGAGUGCCCUCCUGUCGGCGAGAGCUGCCAUCGCGGUCGGUGCCGCCCUCCUCGCAGCGCUGCCGAGCUCGGUCGCGUUGCAGCCACUGUCCCCUCGUGCACGCCCCGCUGCCCGCCGGGGGCUGCAGGGUUUCGGGAGAGGAUCCAAAGCAGUGAGUGAGGUACCGCUAAUCUCGAGCUGUCAUCGGCUGUCAUGGAGCGAAGGUGCCGACUCGUGCUUCACCCCAUUGUAACGUACCUCUUAAAACCUUUCUUGCAUCUAACUGAGCUGUUUUCCUGGUUUCCUGUGCUGUAGGGACUACAUUUCAGUGUUCGUGUAUUCUCUGCUCUUUCUCCUGUGCCUGGAAUUGCUGUCUGAAGGGGUUUGUUCAGAUAAGGGUUUUGGAAUGGGAAGUUUGCGGGCAAAGUGGCUGUUCUCCCGAAAUCACUUAAAGCAAGGGUUGCUGCUGCAGAGGUAGGAGCUGCAGCAGGCAACAGGCAUGAAUGGAGAAAUUGGAAAAUAGUGUUUUUUCAUGGAAACGGCUGCAAAUGGAGCCCGUAUUCAGCAAGAGAAUAGAGAGAGCAAGGGGAAUUAAAGGUCUAUCCAUCAAAUGAGGUUGCUUCAGUGAGAUAGCACAAAUAGAGGUCGUUUUUUGGGUAGCAAAAUAUUAUCAGAAACGUACUGACGACUCAUGGGACUUUAGCGUAGGGUUUGUAUUUGUAUUCAGUGAAGGUUGUACUGGUUCUCCUUCAGGCUGUGCUGCUGGAUGUGACUCAAUGAAUUUGAAUACAGGGGAUACUGGUUUCUUGGUUCGUGUGUAAUGCUUGCUCUUGUGCUUAAGUGCUAAAAACUUCUUUCAUGUAAUUGCUUCUUCAUUUUCUUAAAUACCUUUUGCUAUUCAUUAAAUUUUAAUAAAGACUUGAGUUUCUUGGAAUGUAUUUUUAAUCAAAUUGAUUUAUGUCAAUCUGGCUGAAAAGAUAAAGGUACUCGUGCAGCACCUAAGUGUAGAUCCCUUGGCAUGUGCAGUUGCCUGAAGUAUGAAACCCCCAAGAAUCUCCAGGUGGUUUAAUGGUGCUGAAACAGGGCUUCAGGAGAUUUCCCUGCACCUGAUAAGGGAUCAGAAGAAAACCCUUAUGGUGAGAAGUCAGUGCACACGUGUGCUUAGAGAAGGUGGCACGAGUUCAGUCAGUCCUGUGGGACUCCAGGGGUGGGUGGGUCUUUCCUUUGUGUGAUGUUCAGGGAGAAUUGCCAGCCUGUAGUUACCCUGGAGAGACUGCUCGCAGCCCUCUGGUAGUUUCAGCCUGGUCUGGUCGGGACUGGGGGAUUUUCCACAGAAGAGGCACAGGGUUCCUGUGGAGCCUGUCUUUCAGAGCUCUGGGGUAGCUGCCUUAUUCCCAACUCCGUAUCCGGGCUGGAAUUGCCACAUCUGUGAGUCUUUCAUAACAACUCUUCAGUAGGCUGACUGAUUUUAACCAAUCUGGCAGAAGAUGACAGUAUUUUUUGUGUGAGUUUAUUCAAGAUUGGUGGUUAGAAUCAGCAGACCUGAAAGCCCUCAUUCCUCCAGGCACAGGAGGAGAGCUCAGGCUCCCACUCCCUGCAGUCAGGGCGCAGCUAAUCACCUAUUCCUGCCUGCCUAACCAGCACUUGCAGAGGCUGAGGGAAGGAAGGAAGGAGGGGAGUAUUCCGUGUUUUUCUUCUAAAAAAAAUUAUGAUAGCCCAUCGAAGACGUAGAUGAUGAAGAGGUGUUUUCCCCCUCUGCCUUGGAAUCGAAUGUCUCUGUCACAGACCAGGGCAUUUUUCUAAGGAAAUGGAUGCGUCUUCCCAAAAAUAUCCAGUCAAGAAGCGAGUGAAAAUUCAUCCCAACACAGUAACAGUGAAAUACACCUCUCAUUAUCCCCAGCCAGGAGAAGAGGGAUGUGAGGAUGCUAAUGAGGAUACUGGAGUAUUUAUGGAGGAUAAUCCUAAGAGAAGACUAGUGAACGAUGGGAAAAAGAGAGAAAAUACUUUUUUUGGAACAAUAGACACCAAGCCAGCACAACUGCCAAAACCUGAUGAGGCUGGACCAUCCCAGCACUUUGCUGAAGGCAAUGUACUGCAGUCCAGGAAAACGUGGGCAGUCCUUUUUGGGUCUGCUGUGGCUCACGGAUGUGUGGCUCUGAUCACCAGGUUAAUUUCUGACCGUUCCAAAGUGCCAUCUCUGGAGCUGAUUUUCAUCCGCUCGGUCCUGCAGGUGCUGUCCCUCAUUGCUGUGUGCUACCACCAGGAGCCUCCCUUCGGCCCCAAAGGCUACAGGCUCCGCCUGUUCCUCUAUGGGGUGUGCAAUGUCAUCUCCAUCACCUGUGCCUACACCUCCUUCUCCAUAGUGCCCCCCAGCAAUGGGACCAUCAUGUGGAGGGCCACCACCACGGUGUUCAGUGCCAUUCUGGCUUUUUUACUCAUAGAUGAAGGAAUGGCUUAUGUAGAUGUACUCACUGUCAUGGGCAGUGUGUUCGGGGUUUGUCUGGUCAUGAUCCCCAACAUUGUCAAGGAGGAAAACUCUUUGCUGAGCACCUGGAAGGAAGCUUUUGGCUACACCAUGACCGUCAUGGCCGGUCUGACCACUGCCCUCUCCAUGAUAAUCUACAGGUCCAUCAAAGACAGCAUCAGCAUGUGGACAGCGCUGUUCACUUUCAGCUGGACGGGAACAGUGUGGGGAGUGUCCACCAUGUUCCUGCUCCAAGAGCCAAUCGUCCCACUGGAUGGGGAAACCUGGAGCUAUCUCCUUGCCAUCUGCCUGUGCUCCACUGCAGCCUUCCUGGGGGUCUACCAUGCCCUGGGCAAGUUCCACCCCGCUCUGGUGAGCACUGUGCAGCACCUGGAGAUCGUCAUCGCCAUGGUCCUGCAGCUCCUUGUGCUGCACAGCUUCCCAGGCACUUGUGACCUGGUCGGGGCAGUGCUUAUUUUGGUGAGUGUUUUUUUCCUUGCAUGUUACAAGCUUUCCUGGAAGGAAUUAAGAAGGCAAGAUUAUCAGGAGAUUGUGGAUUUGUCCAGUAAAUGAAUGUCGGUUUUCCAUGUCUGAUUCUGGCUGUGACCACGUGGAAGUGACUCCUUUCAGCUCCUGUGUCCGAGCCUAGUGGCCAGGCCCUCUCUCUACCAUUUCACUUCUCAGCUGAUGUAGCAAUGUUGGUGUUUCCAGGCUCCCAUGCCAGGUGGAUUUGUUCUGCUGCACACAAGCAUUUUGUCAUAUCCAAAAGAGUAGCACAGCCAGCACAGGCUGGCCCACUGAAAUACAGGCCAAACUCUUCUUGACCUUCUCUGGAUAAAGCAAUACAGAGGGACUCAAAGGUGACUCUCAUUCAUGUGUGCUGUGGUAGUGGGAAGAUGAGCAGCAAAACCAUUAAAACUGUCAAACCAAAUUGUCAUUUCCUCUGUAAUGCUUCUUAAGCUGUGGCUGUCAUAUUCUAAAUGGAGCAAUGUUAAAUUUCUGUGGCUAAAACUUGCAUUUCCUGUGCAUAUAAAGAAGUCAGUAAA